UCGUUCAGUUCUGAGUCAUUGCAAUUCCGGGCGUUAGUCAGUUCCGCGCCGUCUGACAGACACCACGCACAUUCUCCAACUGCCUUCCGAUUCUGCCCGUUUGACUCUCUUUUCCGGUAUCAAGAUGAGCGAUCCCCAGGAAAGUAGAAAUCUGUUUUCCCGAAGCCUGGUAGAUACCAUUACCAAGAAUGCCCUGGAGCAGAGCAAAGAGCCUUACGUGAACACGGUUUUCUCACCCGCGUCCGUUCAAAGUUGCUUGACCCUGGCUUUCAUGGGAGCUUCCGGGUCGACGGCCGAGGAGUUGAGGAAUGGACUGCAACUGGGACCAGGAGAUCGCCAUCACAUAGCCCGCGCCUUUGGGGAGUUCUGGCGGACGAACUGCAACUAUGGCGACCGAGGACCCGUGCUGAAGUCCGUGAAUCGGUUGUACGUGAACGAUACCCUGGAACUGCACCCGGAAUUCAACGAGAUUGCCGUGGACUUCUUCCAGUCGAAGGCGGAGGCGGCUAAGUUCGCCGACUCGGAAGCUGCGACGCAGCAGAUCAACGCCUGGGUGGAACAACAGACGGAGCACAAGAUCAGCAACCUGCUUCAGUCGGACGCCGUGGAUAACGAUACCAGCGCUGUGCUUAUUAACGCCUUGUAUUUCAAGGGAAAAUGGCUGAAACCCUUCAUGCCGGAGACCACAUCGAUUGACGCCUUCCACGUGAACCAGGACCUCCAGGUGGAGGUGAACAUGAUGUACCAGGAGGACAAGUUCAAGUUCGCCGAUCUCCCACAGCUGAAGGCUCGUGCCGUGCAACUACCCUAUGAAUACUCAAAUAUCCACAUGCUAAUCCUGCUGCCCAACGAAAUCUCCGGCCUGCAGGAGUUGGAGCUGCAGCUCAAGGACGUGGAUCUAGCUGAUAUUGACGCGGCUAUGACCUUGCGGGAUGUGGAGAUUUUCCUGCCCAGGAUGGACAUUGAGUACGACGUGGACCUCAAGCAAAUCUUAAAUCAGCUGGGUAUUUCGGAAGUCUUCACCGACAGUGCCAAACUGGACGGACUUUUUACCUCCCGAACUGGACAGAAGAUCUCGGCGGCGAAGCACCGGGGCUACAUCAACGUAAACGAGGCUGGAUCAGAGGCAGCAGCCGUCACUUUCAUGAAGAUCGUACCCAUGAUGCUGAACAUGAACAUGAAGCUCUUCAAAGUGGAUCACCCGUUUGUAUUCUACAUUCGCAACUCGCAGGCCGUGUUUUUUGCCGGCCGAUUCUCGAACCCCAAGUAUGGAUCAGAAGAGGGCGCUUCGAGGGAAGGUUCCGAUGCCAGCAUGUACAAUGUCCAAGAACAGCAGUGAGACCAAAUAAAACUCAGCUAGGAAAUCCCA